AUGUCGGCCCUCCAGCAGUACGUCGACCAGCAGGUGCUCGUCAUCACACAAGACGGGCGCGUCAUCGUCGGGACACUUCGCGGCUCCGAUGCUGUCGGGAGCAUUAUCCUGGCCUCGUCAAUAGAGAGGAUAUUCAGCGCUGACGAGGGGGUAGAAGAGGUGCCACUUGGGUUGUACAUCCUCCGUGGCGACAGCAUCUGCGUGGUGGGGCUGGUGGACAAGGUCAAGGACAGGGAGGUUGAUUGGGAAAAGAUCAUGGCCGAGCCAAUAGCCGAGACCAGGCAUGUGUAG